AUGGCCCAACCGCUGCGGGCCGGACCGGGCCGGACCAGGCACCGAACCCGCCCGCAGGCGCCCCGGGACUGCCCGCCCGUGACGUCAUGGAGCCCCGCCCCCGCCCUGCGAUUGGGUGGCGUGCCCGGCCAGACCCGCCCGUCUCUCCUUUCUGAGUUCCUAUUGGGUGAUGAGCUGUCACUCCGACCAGGCUUCCCCCGCGCGGACGGGCAGGGAGCUGCGGCCCGGAGAGUGCGGUGCCUGCGCCCGUGCAUCGCCUUUGUAUCGCUCUGCAGCCCCGCCGCCACCCCGCUGCACCCCGGCAUCCCUCGUUGCAACUCCCGGCACUCCUCACUGAACCCCCUGCACCUCUCACUGCACCCCCUGCACCUCUCACUGCACCCCCUGCACCCCUCACUGCACCCCCUGCACCCCUCACUGCAACCCCUGCACCUCUCACUGCAACCCCUGCACCCCUCAUUGCAACUCCCGGCACUCCUUACUGCACCCCCUGCGCCUCUCACUGCAACCCCUGCAACCUCUCACUGCACCCCCUGCACCUCUCACUGCAACCCCCUGCACCCCUCACUGCAACCCCCUGCGCCUCUCACUGCACCCCCUGCACUUCUCACUGCACCUCCUGCACCCCUCAUUGCAACCUCUGCACCCCUCACUGCACCCCCUGCACUUCUCACUGCAACCCCUGCACCUUCAGUGCCGCUCACUGCUCUUCACUGCAACCCCCUGCGCCUCUCACUGCAACCCCUGCACCUCACUGUAUCCCCACAUGUCCCUCCACUGCCUCUUCAAUACACCCCUCACUGCAUCUCUCAUUGUGACCCCCUGCACCUCACUGUACCCCCCACUGCCCCCUUCAGUGCACCCCUCGCUGUGACCCCCUGCACCUCCCACUGCGUCCCGUUGCACACUCCGUUGAAACUCCCAGUUCCCAGUACCUCACAUCGCUGUGUCCCACUUGUAUCUCUGGUGCCAUCCCAUGCACCCCUGACUUGCAGCCCCCAGGACACCCCCCGACCCCCAGUCCCUGCUGCAACACCACCCUCCUCAGCAGCCAGCUCGGUGCUGCAUCCCUCUCUCAGAGCACUCCUCACUGCCCUUCACCGUCCUGCCAGGGACCUGCUCGGAGAGGGGACAGCCCACCCCACUGCCCCAGCGCCCCAGAGCUGAAGGAAUGGAGCUGCGGUGCCCCAGGGCUGAAGGAGUAGGUGUAAACUCAAGAGAAGUGCCAGGCCACCUGCCAGCACUCCAGAAAGUGGCAUCUGGCAUAGCAGGACUAUUUUCAUGAUGUCUGCAUGCUGUACACUUCAUCUCCAUGGACGUGGAAAAGAGAUUCUGGAGGCAGACAGCACAUUGCCCCAUCCCCGUGCAGGAUGUGCACGAACUGGUGAAGGUGGUGGGUACAGGAAAGAGCAGAGACCCUCUUCUAGGCACAAUAUGCCAUGGCAUGUCUGCAGCUGUUACCUGAUGGUGAUCCAUGUAUUAAAGCAGGAAGAUCCCUCCUGGAGCAGCAGGGCCUCACCAGAGUGUGUAGCAAGCCCAUGGCACAGGCUGUGAAAGUCCCAGCUUGUCCCCUGGAAGAAACCUGCCAAGGACCUGGACACUACAGCUGCUGUACAUGCUGCUUCCUCAGCACAGCAUCACCCACCCCUCUUCCCUUGGAGAAGGAUGCAGCCUGAGCUUCCUGGCUGGUGAUGCCCACCCCAGGCUCUGCUGUAAAGGGUAGAAAAAGUACAUCUGCCCCGCGUUGUGUGGGUUUGGGAGUGUCUCAGAGUCUGUAAAUAGCUGAGUUUCCCUCAUGCUCAUCUCGAAAGUGAGAAGGGGAACAUUCCCCAGAGAGGGGGAAAGAAUUGGUCAGUUGCCAUCACUGGCAGAAAACCUAUUUUUAAUUUUAUUAAAAUGUCUCUCUAGUAUAAACUUUCAAAAUAUCUGGAACCUCUG